AUGGAUAAACUAAGUAAAUCACUUGAGGUCCUCAAACUACUUUCCAAUACAACAACAGAACAAUUGACCGCAAGCAAUGAUAAAGCUCGACUAGAUCCUGUAUCAAUAAGCAAAGAUAAGAUUCAUCAUUUGAACACCGUCACUAAUCUUCUAUGUUCAUCAACAUUGACGAGAAGUAACAAUGAAAACUAUUUCAAAUUGUUAACAGCAAGUGUAGAAACACUAUUCAUGCAUUGUGAUGAAACUGAUCACGAUGUGCGAUUAGCUGCUGAAGAAAAUAUCAAUAAACUCAUUAAGAAUUUGAAAGAGACACAUUUGCCACGAGUGCAGGUGGAAUUACAUCGAAUUAUCAAACGAAACCCUAAUGUUGGACCACGAGCUCUCAAAGGUGCUUUGUGGAGAUUUGCAGAGUUAGCAAAUGUCAUACAUGCUAAGAAGAUUCGACCAUUCUUUGAGCAUUUAUCUGCAGCAUUCUCUUCAAUCGCAGCUCGACCGGAGGAUAUUGUUCACGAAAAACUAGCGGAUUACUAUGAAAUGAUUUUUCGUAUUCUUGGUCAAUCGAUUAAUGACAAAGAAAUCAAAGAACUCCUUUCGGUUUAUUUGGAGAAUAUGUCUCAUGAAUCCUCGUUGAUUCGUCGUUCAUCAGCGGCAUGUCUUAUCGUCAUUUGUCGUUACGCUCGUUAUCCAAUGGCAGUCGCUCGUUAUCUAAUGACGUACGCAAUCGAUCAAUUACUUGAACAUCAUAAUCAAACUGACAGCACUCGUUUAAUCAAUGGUUAUCUUGUUCUAAUAAAAAACCUGGUACAACUACUCGGAUUGAACAUUGAAGAAUUUGUUUCAUCGUCAAAAAAUAUUCAACAACCAUUGAAUACGAGCAAGGGUCUUGAUACGAACGAACAACAUCUACCAAUCAAUAUUCGACAACUCAUCGAAUGUAUCGACAUGAUAUGUUAUCUCUGUUUACAGCAUACAGAUCACAAUGUUGUAUCGAGUUCAUUGGAAACACUUGAGGUUUUACUUAAAUAUUCGACUUUAUUCGAUUUGGAUCAAUUGUUGAUAUCGACUGAGAAUCGAUUAAUAGAAGAAACGCGUGUUUAUCAAGUACUAAAGUCAUUUUAUCCAACCUAUCGACGUUCUUUGAUUGAUAUCAAUGAUACUUCAUUGGACUUGACAAAUAAAAGUACCGAAGAGCUAGAUUCAACGUCGACGAUUAAUAAUGAAAAGCGCACGUCAGCAGCUAAACUUGCCGAACAACUCAUUUCAAAGUAUAUUCUCAAUUUGGAUGGAACAAUCAAAAGCGAUGAUGAAUCACGUGUUAGUAUCAAAUGUACCACACUGACAUGUCUUUCAUAUCUAUCAACCAUUGAUCCAUUUGCAUUUUUCGAUUCAUUUGAUUAUCCAACUGAAGUUAUAAUUUAUCUAUUAUUUUUACGCGAACAUGGCGAUCCUCAUCUGCGUGGUGCAUGCGCUAAUCUACUUGCCAAAUUAAUUCAAACAACAGUUCGUCUUUUGACUAUAUCUCCACCAAUCUCCUCGUUAACUAAUUCGUUUAACAACUCCUUCAUAAAUCAAUGUUCUCUCAUUUCCAAUGAUUCGCAAGAAAGUUCACGUUUAGAUAUUCAAUUAGGCAUUCUAGCCGAAUUACUGUCAACAUUUCGAUUAUGCUUGAACGACACCAAUGCACGUGUUAUUCACGUGGCGCUGAAUGCUCUACGCACAUUAUUACCCGUUUUAUUAACGAAUAGUCAUGCAUUAACAAUCAUCGCAACUGAUUUAUUAGAAGAUGCAAUUCAACAUACGUCGAGUACAUACGUUCUCGCUAAGGUGUCUUUAGCUCAACUUAUUGGGGAUAUCGAUUUUCGGAUUUUAACCUAUCUUGAACAACAACAACAAUCGAAGAAAACCAAUCGCUCAUGGUUGGAUCGAUGUAUGGACACUAUCUUUAUAUUUCUUGCUGACGAAGACACACGUGUUCGACAAGUAGCAGCCACUACCUACGCCAAAUUUGUCGAUCAAAGCUCUUUUUUACCAUGUCAAUGGCCAAUACAUUACUUAUACAAAUGGGUUAACUCUUCAUGUCAAUGGAUUUACACAGUUCAUCAUUCAUUGCAGCAAUCAAAUCCGUCUGUUAUUAUAUCGCAUACCGAAAGUCAAUGCGAAGCGAUAUCAUGUUUGUCGACGUUGAUAUUCGAUCGUUUAGCCCAAUCCUCAACUCGAAUCCAAAUUGUCGGAUGUUUAGAAGGUAUAUCUGCGCUUGUGAAUGCUCUGACACCUGAAACAGUCCGAUCAUUCUUCCAUAAUCAAUAUGAUGAACUUCGUUUAUUGAUACAUUUCUUUAAACAUCCAUUUAUUCUACACGAUCUUAACAAUCUACAACUUUUAUUCGAUAUUCUCAAAGGACUUUUCACAAAUCUAUCAAACUCAACAAUUGAAUUCGUCGACAUGCAAUCAGCAGAAAAAGUUUUUCAUUUCCUAAUCAAAAUUCUCUCAAUCUUCGCCUAUGUUGUCGAAGAUACAACACCACCCAUACCAACAUCAUCGAAAAUCAACUUUCCUCAAUUACCCGCGUCACCGCAACAAUUGAAAAAGCGUUUCGAAAGUAAUGAUUCGAACAAAAACGAAAAAGACAUCAUCCAUUCCGAAACUUCAACUACACUAACAUCGAGUAAAGAUUCCACACUGAUCUCGAGUGCCAUUAGUACUGAUAAAGACAAAAAAGUCAAUCGGACACAACUAGGCGCUUUUGGAAAUAAUCCAUCAAUGAUGAGAUUAUUCGAUCUCAUACGACAAUCUUAUCAAACGCAUCGAAGUUUAAUCAGUUCAACUGAAACCGAUCGCUUCGGUCAAUUACUCGCAACGACAUUAAUUUGCGUGAAAUCAGUUUUGAAUCUUGUCUCGAUUCAAGACAUUCUGAAACAUCUGGAAGAAACAUUAGGCUAUCUAAAAUCAACGUUCAAUGUCGACAAAAUCAAUACCAUUCAAUGCACACAAGAAUUUUUGCAAAAUCUGCAUCAACUUGCCACUAGUUCAAGUCCAUCUGCUGAAACAAAGUCCUCCAAUCCAUUUUCGCAAAAUUCAUCAAACAAUUCUCUAACAAAUAUUCAUACGAUUACCAUUCGACAUCCCAUGAUGUAUCUAUUCGGAUCACGACAUUCAUCAAGUGUAACCAGUGACCAAUCAGUCGAAAACACAGUGAUUCGAGAAUUUUAUCUAACUGUGAAGCAACGAAAAACAAUCGAUCAUCUGAAACGUCCACCGAAUCGAACUGAGCGCAGCAAAAUUGGAAAUUACAUUCGUCUUUUCGAAGGCAUCGUUAUUCUCAGUCUGAAGAAAUAUGUCAAUUCAAACGAAACAGAAUUUCAAGCAGCCGUUCUCGAUUUACUCGUUCAGUUACUUCUCCUUCGCGUGAAUUACAGUCUGUUAGAUGCUGACGAGCAUUUUCUCACACACAUAACUAAUCAACUUGAAAUGAUUGAAGAAACCAUUGCCGGUUAUGACGUCUCAUCACAUUUCAUCUAUCGUAUUGCUGAAUUUUUAAUGAUGUUAUCCCAUGAUACACUUCAUUCGAAACAAGUGAUCAAAGUACAGGAUUUAAUCAAACAUUGCGAUUUGUUAUUAGCUAGUGGACACGAACCGGAAACUCAUGCUUUAGCAGCAUUGGAACCUGUUGUCUACGAUCUAUUUCUCGUUCGCUUGAAAACUGAUAAUAAGGAAUUGGAAGCGCAACGAAUGGUCAUUGUUCAAAUCUUGUUGAAACUUAUUCGAUACAAUAAAGCUCUACAAUUAUUAACAGUUAUUCUCGACAGCGUUCGAAGCGAAGUUGAUAAAUGGAAACGACUUUCCAGACAAAUUAUGGAUAUUUUACUCGUGCAUUUACAAUCGAAUAUCUCGAACAGUUCGUCAAAGACACAUCCUUUAUUGGAUAUCUAUUCAACGCAAUUGACAUUGUUCGAUGUGGUGUCAUCAGUGGCAUUGCGUCCAAUCGAUCCAUUUGUUACCGCUUUUCAAACAUUAGCAAAUCGAACCGAUGUUGAUCGGCACACCAUUAAUCGGUGGUUGAUGAGCAUCAAUGUUGUCCUUCGAUGUCUGAUACAAAAUUCGACAGAAGAUGCCAUGUUGGUACGCUGGAAAGAUGCCUUAUCAUCGAAUAGUUCAGCGCGUAAUGAAAGUUUCAGUUCAGCAUUGCUUCGCAUUUUGCACGAUGUGGUCUUACGUUUGCUGACGAAUACACGACAAUCACGAGGAGAGAUCGAUAGGACAUUGGUCGUUCUCACAUCGGAUUAUCUUUAUUUACUGAUGUAUAUCGUUGAAAACGCAAAACUAUUUCGUACGAUUGUCAAUGAUUUUCGCCAAUUGUUAAUUCACGAUGAAACUGAUGAAACCGUCCAUCGGCUUGAUUCAUUCUCUUACCUAGCGAUCCUAAGUGAAUAUUUCAAACUUCUUUCCUCAUUCUACAUUCCUCUAUUACUUCAAUGGACACAUAUACUCAAUAUUCUCGAUUAUACUCAAGAAGCUUGGUGGUCAUCUAUGGUAUCAAUUCCAACACCAUCAUCUCUAAUUACACAUUUAUCCAUCACAGGUCAGUUACAAUCCUAUUGUGACUUGAUCUGUCGUCAUGAACUAUACGUCGAACAUUUAACAUCGAUCAUCACUCACCGUCAUCUUUUAUUCCUAUUAUUUGAACAAAGCGAUACAUGUACACAUGUACAUAAUCUUUUCGGAUUGAUUCAUCGUACAUCCGUCGCUAGUCAUUUGUUCGUUGAAUCAAUUUAUACCAAUUGGGAUCAUCUAUUGAAGAGAAAUCAACUUCUGUUAGCAAUGAAAAUUCUCCGAAUCUUAGAAGGCAUUCAUUUGGAUGAAAGUGGUCUUUUAUUAGUUCUAUUAAUCGAACAAUUCUUAACUUUACCGUACAUAUCUGUGUUACGUUUAGCAGAACUAAUUGUUUGUCGACGGAUUGAAAUGAUGUUAACAUUUGAUGAACAAACGCUAAAUCGACAACUGAUACCAAAAAAUUUACCACUAAUCCUGCAAGCACUAGUACCUCCGCAAGAUAGUAAUCAGCACGAUGUAAAAUCCAAUGAACAUCUUUGGGCGCUUAUACAGCGUCUAGUUGGGAAAGUCAAUUACACACCAACGAUUUCCAUGGAUGUUGUCAAACCAGAAUUUAAGAACAUCAAUAGUAAUGAUGAGGACUUUAUUCUUAACUGGAUACGGAAAGUACACUGCCCGUUGGAUAUAACACCGAAAAUCUAUGCACAAAUGCUGAAGAAUGUUGUCUAUAGAAAGUUAUUACCCUUCAUGAUGUCACCGGACUUUGCGUGGUUGUCGAUGCCAUAUUGUCUGGUUCUGGGAACGGGUAUUCCGUCGUUAUGGCGCGCUUCGACAAGUGCAUUGAUAAAGAAGAUCAAUGAUUUAUGCUUUUCUUUGCCUGCUCAACGAUUGAUACCCAGUGAAGUGAAUUUGAACGACGAAGAGUCAACUCCGGACUCGAUGUAUAUCAAAAGUCUAGUUGCAUGUUCUGAAAAUCAACCGUAUUUAACUGCUCUCGUUGACGCAAUUCAUGUUUAUUUCGAAACUAUUGAAAGUCGUCCGGAAUUGACCAGUCAGUUUUCAUCCGGUGAUACUCGUGACCUCCUACGCUUUCUUAUAUUUAUUUCGGAAGUCAUUUACAUAAAGAUUUCUCAGAAGAAAUCAUUCCUCAAUUGGAAUUUAAUCGAAAGCUUCUUUCGCUGUCUGACAAAAACCAUUCAUCAUCCCAAUUCCAUAAUCUAUCAAUUACUCUGUGCUACCGAUCAAAUUAUAUCUUGCUGUACUCUAGCUAAAACGAUCCUUUCGAUCUUUGUAUAUCUCUAUCAACGACAUGGAUUAAUUCUGACAAUAAAACGAACGAAUCAAGUAUGUCAAUCAUAUGUAAAUCUAAUCGAACCUGAUAACCGACCUUAUACACAUCUACUACUCCUAUCAUUCAAUGAUCUGGACUGUCUCUACAGAUUAAUUAAACAGCUUCAUUUCAUUCCGCAUUUCUUUCGAAAUUAUCUUCGCACAAUCGCAAUUUUACUGUUUCGUUUACCAAUAUUCAAUUCGUUCAUUCGUAUUCCCGCACAAUUUUGGAAAGAACAUUACCACGACACGAAUAAACUGCAGUUCAGUGCGAAUGAUUACUGUUUAUCAUCAUUUCCAGUAGACUUACUACAACAUUCGGACGUCAUGGCAGAUUAUAUCGAACGAAUAUCGUUGAUUGGAUGGUUAUCGAGGACACAAUUUCAAGAAAUUUGGGUCACGUUCUUGGCUGCGAUUAAUCCCCCAAGUCAAAAUACUGAUGAAAACGAACACAUGGGCAAUCAUCUAUCGAAAGAAGAAAUUCUCGAAACAAAUGCAACACAAUGUGUUUGGGUUCGUGGUGUAACAACAUUCCUACUAAAUGCACUUCGUGUGAAUUGCACCGGUAAUCCCGCUGAUAUGAAUUUCGAACAUCGUUCACGCAAUAAGCUCAUCCAAUUUCUCGUAAGCAAUAUCGGUACUCAGUAUAUUCAAACACGGUCAACAUUAGAAGCAACAUCAAACGAUCUACUUACAAAUAUCGAACGCUUGGGUACACAUGACUUAUUAUCCUAUGAACAACUUUCAUAUGACACGAUCUUAGCGUCAAUACAAAGCAACAAUGCAGCGCCAUUACCAGUCAAUAGUUUAUUUGAUCGCUUAUUUUCUCGGCAGGGUCUUGAUCUAACCUCAUCUUUGCAAAUUCUCAUUGAAAUCUAUGUGCGCUGGUUAACAACCAAUUCUUCGAAUUUAUGUUUGCAAUUGAAAUACGAGCUGAUUCGUUCAUUUAUCUAUCUCUCGGACUUAUUCACAUCGGCUCAGCAACUAACAAAUCUUUAUGAUAUUUGCGAGGAAUAUUACCGUACAUGGAUCGAGGAGGACGAUCUGAUGAUAUCGUUGGUCAGUUAUGGUGUGUGUAAAUCAGGUAUCCUCCUUGGACAAACAACAAAAGAUGCCAACGAGUUGUAUCUACGUUUAAUCGAACGUAGUUUCAAAUUUCUAUCGAAAACCAAUGCAUAUGCAUCGUGUUUAUUCUUAUUGGAAAGUCAUGAAGAUGAUUUAAAUAAAUCGUUGAUACCUGUUCUUAAUCAAGAAUUAACCAAUGAUAUACAAAACAGUUCGUUUAAAAUCAAUUUAGAUGUACGAUUGAAUAGUUUCAUUCUUGCCAAUUUAUUCUAUUUAAUUGAAAACGGACAAACAAAUUCGUUUGAGAUUUUAUCAUCACUUUUCAAAGACGAUGUCUUGGAUACGAACGACAAUUUAACUCAACAUAUUAUUUCCAUUGGUCUCGAGCGUGUGUUGCUUCUUGGCCAAUAUCCGAAGAAUGAUAUCUGGCGUUUAUAUAAACGUUCAAUGACAACGCUACGACAAUCGAAUUGGUUAAAUCCUGAUCAUUUAGUUCUAAUUCUUGCACGCAUUUACACCUACUUAUCCACAUUGACUGACAAUUCGAAUGCAUCAGCGAACGAAAGUAUUCACGAGGAUCAAGAAAUGAUCGAUGGAUCAUCGGUUUCUUCCUCAUCAGAUAAUAUUGUCAUAGAACUUGUCGGAGAGUUGUACGAGCGCAUUAAACAAUCAAGUACAUUACCAUACGAAGCAAUACUUCUUCUACGUCCAUUGCCGUCAUUACUUGCACACAUUGGCCUAUCGGAUCGUCUUAUGAAUAAAGUUGUGGUCGAAUUUGCAGCAUCUACACAACAGUUGUAUCCUCAGAUACUCGCCUAUACGGUUUUUGCUGUGUUUCGAACUCUGAUCAAUGCGCACUAUACAGCAAAGGUGAAUGAAUGGACUUUAUUGUCAAUGUCCAGUGUUGCACAGAGAAAACCGAUACGCAUGGCCAUUUGGGGGUUGACUUGUCUUAUGCUGAGUGCGUCUCCAUCCCAAACAACUGCGGAAGCAUUAUUUCCGUUGGCAUUGUCACGUUUCAGUGCACGUUUCGAAGAAUUGGACAAUCGUUUAUUUUUUCUAGCUAGCCAAGAAUAUUAUAACCAGUUAACUAAUGUCGAGCAACGCCGUCAAUUUGAACAAGCAUUUACCAAUGAAUCAAAUACCGAAAAAUUAUACACUGAUUUACUUGCACAUCUUCGAGAUACGAUCUCAUCAUCGUCGUAA